UUGAUUAUUUUUUCCAGAGUUUUCAUCAUUUUUAAGAAAGAAUAUGCUGCACUACAGUGACAGAAAAGUGGGAAUUGUUGGGUGUCCUGUGCAUCAUGGACAGGCCAAACCCGGUACAGAGCAUGGUCCUAACGCUUUGAGAGAAGGGGGUCUGAUUAAGAAGCUGAAGGGGCUAGGACUGGACGUUCACGACUACGGUGACGUGGGGACGCCAAGUCAUGAGGAUGACCAUCACUUCGAUCUGCCCGUCAAGAAUCCCAAACACGUAGCCACGGCCUCCGAAAAUAUUGCUGCUGAUGUGUACAAUGUCAUCAAAUCAGAGAGGGUUUGCUUGGCUCUGGGUGGAGAUCACAGUAUGGCCAUUGGUUCGAUUUACGGACAUUCAUUGGCGCAACCGGAUCACGUGGUAGUAUGGGUUGAUGCGCACGCAGAUAUAAAUACACCACUGACGUCAUCCUCUGGAAACAUGCAUGGAAUGCCUUUGUCAUUUCUUGUGAAAGAACUGCAGCCAUACAUCAGCAAGCUUCCAGGAUUUGAUUUUAUCAAACCAUGUUUGUCUGCAAAGAACAUUGCCUACAUCGGUCUUCGUGAUGUUGACCCUGGAGAAAGAUAUAUCAUAGAGAAACUUGGGAUUCAUUCCUUCUCAAUGUCAGAAGUGGACAGACAUGGGAUCAAAGAGGUUGUGGAAAAAGCUAUGCAUUUUCUGGACCCUGAGGGAGUAAAACCUAUUCACCUGAGUUUCGACAUUGACGCUUUGGACCCGUCCCUUGCUCCCAGCACUGGUACCCCCGUUCCUGGGGGUCUAUCCAUCAGGGAGGGAAACUACAUUUGUGAGGAGCUUGCUGCCACAGGUCGACUGUCAUGCGUAGAUAUAGCUGAAGUGAAUCCAAGUCUUGGUAACGAUCGGGAAAACCAGAUCACUGUCAAUUCGGCGCUUCAAAUCAUUACGCACUGCUUUGGUGGGCGACGCCAGGGUGUUUACCCGAAAAAUUACCAAAUACCGAUCCCGAUGCACACAAAUGUUGUGGCACCGCCUCCUUCGUAAAGACAAUGCGGGGAAAUGAAGUUGAUGUUGGAAGGAACCAUAUUGCAUAAUAAUGAGCAAAUGAAAUGUUUGGGAGAUUCAUUUUUGUAAAUAAAUUUUAAUAUGCAUAUUUGAGAGAGAGAAAGAAAGUGAGAGAUUUUUUUUUUUACAUGUGUCACCAAAUCUAAACGUAGAUUUGUAAACGAAAAGAUAACAGAUUCGAUUUAGAAAUUAUAUACUAUUUAAAAUUAACAUUUUUAUUAACAUAUCAUAUAUGGAUUGCCAUAACCAUUUGUGAAAAAAGUUCAUAUAACAUUCGACAUAUAUUUUUAUUUUU